AUGUGGAGAGGGAAUGAUGUGGGACAAGAGGCGAAAGACCUACCAGAGGCUAUUGAGCGCCACUACCCUAACACAUUUAAACAGCCCGCUUCGUUUCCACCGACUGAAAACCCUAGCUCAUCCCCUCCGAAAACCCCCUUUCUUUCUUUCUUCUCUCUCGAUUCUCAAACAUCCAUUGCACCUUCCACCAUCUGCUGCUUCUUCGACCCUUCUGAGUGUCUCCCACCGCCGUCGACUUCCAAUGAAAGACGACCGCCAUUCUUGCUUCUAAUGAAUCAAAUAUCGUCGAAUAAUAAUGUAACGAUUCAAGAAAUCGCCCAAGAAAAAACGGCCCGUUGUGGUUCACGUCUUGCUCCGCCACCGUUAGCAGCGUCGGCCCUAACUUCUGGAUCGCCUGAAGUAUCGUUUUCAGAUGUAACUUGUAUAAUGUGA